AUGGCCGCCGAGGAAGCCGAGGAGACCGACACGCAGACUGUGCGAAGCCCCGGCACGCCAAGCGGGUUCCCCCACGGGCCGCCCAGUCGCCAGGAAACCUACGAGACUAUCGAGACCGUCCACCUGCCUCCACCCACCAUUCAGCAGACCAGAACCGUCGCCACCGUUGGCUCUACCAUCCGCAAGCGAGAAGAGCAACGAGGCUUUGCUGCCAAAGUCAAGAAGAUCUGGGCCAAGUAUGGCCCUGAUCUCGAUGUUCCCACCGUCCUGAUGAUGGGCAAGGGCGCAUUGCCGCCCACCAUUGCCAUUUCCAUGUACCAAUCCACUGCUGUAGCCAACGAAUUCACUACUCUCGGCUAUCUCAUGGCCAUUGUCUCUAUCCUGGGCUUCGCCGUCAUGCCCAGGGCCAAGUUCAUGCAGACCAUGUUGCUGAAUCUCAUCGCAACAUGCGUUGCCUCGGCCAUGAAUCUGCUCAUGAUGUACUGCGCCGUCAAGGCUCGCCAGCACACUACACAUGCUACAGCCACCCCUCCCGCCUCGGCCACUAGCUCCUAUACUUACAAUUCCUCCGCCUCCGCCGUCUCCGCCAUCUGGCUCUUCUUCCAGGUGUACUUUGUCAACCUGAUGAGAGCAAAAUACGCCCCAACUCUGCAGUUCCCUUCAAUCAUCUACACCAUCUUCGUCGUUGUCGCCUCCAUCUACUCGCCGCAGUUCACCACCAUGACUAAGGCCAUGGCAUUUUCCAAGCGCCUGCUGGACGUCUUCCUCACCGGUUUUGCCCUGGCCACCGGUGUCUCGCUCUUCGUUCUCCCGCUUACCUCGCGCAAAGUCGUCUUCAAGGUGAUGACGGGCUACAUCGGCGCCCUCAGCGGCUCCCUGCACGCCCACUCGAGCUACUUCCAGUCGCUGGAGAUGAAGGACAUGUUCUACCGCGUGUCGACCGGCCAAUCGGGCGACAAGCAGCGCCAGCCCGAGGCCCAGGCCGUCAAGAAGAGCGUAGCUGCCAUUCAGGCCAUGCAGGGUAAGCUCAGUGUUGACCUGCCCUUUGCCAAGCGAGAGAUUGCCUGGGGCUACCUGGGUCCCGACGACCUGCAGGAGAUGGCGCGCUUGCUCAGGGGCGUAAUGCUGCCGCUGUCAGGCUUGAGCUCGGUUGUGGACAUCUUCGAGCGCCUGUCUGAGCUGAAUGGAUGGGACGAACAGAACGAGGAGAGUUACGAGAUCGGUGCGAGGGACAUGGAACGGAGGCGUAUGGUUGAGGACUGGAACCUCGUCAUGAGGUCGGUGCACGAGCCCUUCCAGUCGCUCAUUCAGACCAUGGAUGAAGGCUUGGAGCACGUCAUGCUGAGAUUGAGGUUGAAGAAGCCGCCGAAAAAGAAGAAGGAUGGCAAUUCGAGCUCAUCCGAGAACGUGGAUGUUGAAGGCAAGGAAGACCGGUCGCAACCCGGAGAAGACGGAUUCGCAGACUUCUUGGAGAGCAGAACGGAGGAAUUCUAUGCAUGCAAGCAGCUGGCGCUGAAAGAGUGGUGUAAGCGGAAAGGCAUUGAUGUGCCGGACGACUACUUCAAGAGACCGUCCAAUUACGAUAUACACGACGUGAGGAAGGACAAGGGCGCCGAAGCUUACAAUCGCAGCCAGCGCUCGCUUUAUGCGCUGCUCUACAUCGAAUAUCUUCUUUACUCCACUAGCCGCGCCAUUGUGGAAUUCGUGCGUUUCGCCGACGAUCGCCACAAGACUGGCAAGCUGGACAGCAAGCAUCUGAUUAUGCCCGGCUACAAACGCUGGAAGAAGUGGCUUGUCAACUUCCUAAAGGAUAGGGACGGGGAGAACAAUGCUGAAAACGGCAUGGGCGAUUUCAACAACGUUUCCAUUGAAAUAAACAUGGGCGAGGCGUACAAGCGGAGGAAGGAUCCUGAGCAUCUGCCACCCGAGAACCUUAUCGAGAGACUGGGCGAUCGCGUCAGAAGGAUUCCGAGAUUCCUGCGUUCUCCUGAAUCGACAUUUGGGUUCCGGGUUGCUUGUGCUACCAUGUCAAUCGCCAUCGUAAACUACCUCCACUCAACCCAGCUCUUUUUCGUCCGACAACGUCUACUCUGGGCCAUGAUCAUGGUCGCUAUCAGCAUGGUCCCAACCGCGGGUCAGAGCAUUUUCAGCUUCAUCCUCCGAAUAACUGGUACCGUGGCUGCCAUGUGUUGCAGCUUCAUCAUCUGGUAUAUCGUUGAUGAGCACAUCCCCGGCAUCAUCGUUUUCUAUUGGCUGUUUGCCUCAUGCGGGUUUUACAUUGUACUGAAGAAGCCACGCUUUGUCAUUGUUGGUAUGAUCAGUGUCGUCACAUUGACCAUGAUCAUCGGAUACGAGCUGGAAGUCGAGAAGGUUGGACCGGCAGUUGCUAGUUCGAAUGGGCAGCCAUACUACGAGAUCUACAAGCUGGGCCCGUACCGUCUCGCAACAGUUGCAGGUGGCCUUGCGGUGGCUUUCAUUUGGACCUUCUUCCCAUACCCGAUUUCCGAGCACUCUGAACUUCGCGCCAAGAUGGGUGCAUCGCUAUACCUUCUGGCCAACUACUACUCCAUCGUCCACGAGACGUUCCGUUGUCGCAUCCGCGGCGACGAAGGUGAUCCCCGCGUCAAAACGAGUGCCGGUCGCCGCAUGACAAAGGCGCGCUUGAAGGUGUUCCAGAAACAACUCAUGCUCACCACCAACCUGCGUGCCAUGGCCGACUUCCAGAAGUGGGAGGUUCCCAUCGGCGGCAAAUUCCCGCGCGAGAUAUACGAAACUAUCCUCACUUGCAUAGAAAACACAAACCGCUACAUGGCCCUCGUUGCCUUCGCUUCUCAGACUUUCGCCAAUCCGGAAGACGCGUCGCAGACGGCCUGGAACAAUGAUUUCCGCCGGCUCAUCUCGUCGGUCAACCUCACGUCGCACGAGAUCACGUCUCUCCUUACCCUCCUCUCCGCCUCCAUCACCAACGGGUCCCCGUUGCCCCCAUACAUGCAGGCCCCAGCGCCCUACCGCCUAUCGCGGCGACUGGAAGAGCUCGACACCGACAUUCUUUCAUUGCGUCACGUUGCGGAACCCGGCUACGCGGCGUUCGCGGUCAUCCAGAUCGCGACGAGGUGCAUCAUCAGGGAUUUGGAGAAACUGCUGAAACAUAUCAAGGAGCUGGUGGGCGAGUUGGACUUCAGUUUCCACCCGGUCAGCACGGUGGAGAGCAGCAGGAACAAUAGCGUCUAUCCGCUGAGCAGAAGGACGACGAGGACAGGGGCAGAUACUGGUGAUGAUGAUGAUGAUGAGGAAUCGGAUAAGGAGGAUUGA